AUGACCUGCUCACGAGAGGAAUCUCCGCGGACGAGCUCGUCGGCAGCCAGCUGUGGCGGCGCGACCCAUCUCCCGCUCGUCUGCUCGUUUGACGCUGAACCCAUACUUGGACGCAAACUCACUCCUUCGGGUGGAGGAAGAUUGCAGUUCGCCCACGAAGAGGACAGCGCCCGGCAUCCUGUACUUCUCCCGGCCAAGCACCGUCUCAGAGAGUUGCUCGUGCUUGACGUCCACCGGCGUCUCCACCACACCGGAGUGCAAGACACCCUCUGCGAACUGCGGCUGAAGUACUGGAUUGUCAAGGGCCUGCAGACUGUUCGCCGCGUGCUCCAAACGUGCCUACAGUGUAGGCGUCGACGGCUGUCCUCACAGACUGCACCGGUUGCUCCUCUCCCGCGUGAAAGAGUUACUCCCACGAACCAAUUUGAUGUGGUGGGCGUGGACAUCGCGGGCCCUUUGUACGUGCACGAAGACGGCAAGCAGCGAAAGGCGUACAUAGUCCUUCUCACCUGCGGCGUCACACGUGCGGUGCAACUCGAGUUAGCGACCGGGAUGUCCGCGCAACACUUCCUCAGUGCCUUCCGGCGUUUCCCUUCCAGACGCGGCGUACCAUCCCUCAUGAUGUCCGACAACGCCCGCACCUUUCAUCAGGUGUCUCGUCUGCUCUCCUCCGAAGAUGUACUGAAUUUCGCCGCUACCUACCGCAUCCCGUGGAAAUUCAUUGUGGAGAGAGCACCUUGGUGGGGCGGGUGGUGGGAAAGGAUGGUCCGCUCCGUCAAGGACGCCCUGAAACGGUGUCUGGGAAGGCAGCGCCUCACCUUCGAAGAACUCGCCAAGGCCCUCUGCGAAGCUGAGUGCAUAGUAAACUGCCGGCCACUCACUUACGUCACGUCCGAGACUGAAGACCUGGACUCCUUGACACCGGCGGACUUCCUCGUAGGAAAACACCUGACGCUCCUCCCAACGCCGGGCGAAGUCGCCCCGCCACCGAGUGCCAAGGGCCUCCGGCAAUAUCUGAAGGUCCAAGGGCGGCACCGCUCGCAGUUUUGGAGUUGA